AUGCCGCAAGCUUCGUUGACGUUGAACACGAAGACGCCGGCCGGAGAGAGCUGCGCAAAGCUUCGUUCCGAGAUUGCCGCCCUGAUGGAACGCCAUGAAAGCAGCUUCGAGCUCAGCGCUGGCGGCAAGACCCUGGAGGAUACCGACAAAGUUCCCGACUCCCCCGUGACGAUCACGCUCGUGAACCUGUCCUGGGAGGGUGCCACUCCAGCUAGGGUGAAGGACCUGGGGGGCGGGGAGUUCACGGUGGUUGGUGAGGCUAUGAAGGGAAGCGGCCACUUCAACUUCAUGUGCAACACGGGCUUCACUGAUGGCGUGGGCUACUUUGAGGUCGAGGUGCUUGAGGGCGACGGCCCCUUCAUCGGUGUGACCACGAAGGCCGGCUUCAAGGAGGGAUACAAAAUCCGCGCCCUCGAGUUCGGUGGUCCCGGCAAUCUCUCGGACGGCUCAGGGUUGAAGCGUGGCGGCUUUGGCGAGCCCGUCAAGAAGGGAUCGGUCAUUGGCUUCACCUUGGACCUGACCGAUGGUAGCUCCGUUGGGAUGACCGUGUGGGAUGGCGACAAGUGCUUGGGCGAGGCCUACAAGGGCUGCAAGCGUGAGAAAGGGGCCACCGUCUACCCUGUCGUUUGCGCCCGCAAGCCAGGGGAUCGUUUCAAGCUUUCCCUGAAGCGCCAGCCACGGGUCCAGGAGAAGCGGACCCCUCAUCCGGCCCACAACUCCUGGGAGCUUACACGCUUCGUGCAGGAUGGGGCCACCGUCAGCUUGGAUGAAGCCCAAACAGCGAAGGGAGCUGGUCGGGGUCGUGCCUACAUCGGCCCGGGCGAGCCACCAAAGGGGCAUCUCGUGAUGCAGCUGGAGCAAAGCGCAGGUGAUGCUAACGAGUUCAAGCUGCACUUCAAGCUCUUCAACAUCCUGAACACCAAAGUGACCAUCACGGGCAGCUCCGGCAGCACGGAGAAUCUGGACGUGGGCCUGAUCCUCGGCACGAGGGUGCUGUCACCUAUUCAGGACUUCGAGAACAAGCUUUCAACGGCACUCUCCUCCGUUGACAGCUGGACCUUGACCGGCUCGGGUGAGAAUGCUAAGCUCACCAUGCGCAGCGCCGAUGUGGAGUUGGCCUUCGAUUGGGUCGACAAAGCCAUGCAGGAGCCCGUCUCUGACGUGGCCUUGCCCUGA